AGAGGCUGAGUUGUUAUUUCUCCUUUCUUUCUUAAUAUCUCAAAAGCAAAAAAGGAAAUAGCGAUCAAUGGAGAAGGAACAGAAACACUUUCUAGGAUUUUUGAGGAGUUUGUUUCUAAACAGACAGCAGAUCUUUGUGAUUCUUAUGGUGAUUCAUUUUUAAAACCAUUUUUCAGAAAGUGAAAGUAAAGAUCAGAUUGCCGGAGUUCAAACAGUGAAAAUGGCUUCACAAUCUCAAGAUGACUAUAUUUGUCCUGUGUGUCAUGAAAUCUUUAAGGAUCCUGUUCUUUUAUCAUGUAGUCACAGUGUCUGUAAAGAGUGUCUUCAAAAGUUCUGGAGAAUCAAGGAAACUCGGGAGUGUCCUGUCUGCAGGAGAAGAUCCUCAAAUCAACAUCCUCCUCUUAAUCUUGCAUUAAAAAACUUGUGUGAGUCAUUUCUGAAGGAGAGAAAUGAGAGGUGUUCAUCAGGAUCUGAGGAGAUCUGCAGUUUACACAGAGAGAAACUCAAACUCUUCUGUCUGGAGGACAAACAUCCUGUGUGUUUUGUGUGUAUUAACUCACAACAACAUGACAAUCACAAAUUUAGACCCAUUAAUGAAGUUGUUCCAUCAUAUAAGGAGGAACUCAGUAAAGCACUGAAGUCUUUACAAGAGAAACUUAAACACAAUGAAAAACUGAAAGGAGAGUUUGAAAAAACAGUUCAACACAUUAAGUCUCAAGCUGAGCACACAGAGCGUCAGAUUAAACAGCAGUUUGAGAAGCUUCAUCAGUUUCUCAGAGAUGAAGAAGAAGCUACAAUCACUGCACUGAGGGAGGAAGAGGAGCAGAAGAAGCAGAUGAUGAAGGAGAAGCUGGAGGAGAUCAACAGACACAUCUCAGCUCUUUCACAGACAGUCAAAGCCACAGAGGAGAUGAUGAGAGACAAUGACGUCUGCUUUCUAAAGGAGUUUUCAGUCUCAAUGGAAAGAGUACAGAUCUCAUCACAGCCGGAUCCACAGAUGCCUUCUGGAGCUCUGAUUCAUGUGCCACGUUACUUGGGCAACCUGCCCUUCAGAGUCUGGAAGAAGAUGCAGGACAUUGUACAACACACUCCUGUGAUUCUGGAUCCUAACACUGCAAACCCAUUUCUCGUCCUGUCUGAUGAUCUGACCAGUGUGAGACGAACUGAGAGCAAACAACCGCUUCCAGAAAAUCCAGAGAGAUUUGAUGAAUAUUGCUGUGUUUUUGGUUCAGAGGGUUUUAACUCAGGAACACACUGCUGGGAUGUGGAGGUUAAAGAGAGUUCAGAUUGGAGUCUUGGAGUAACUACUGCAUCAAACCUGAGGAAGGGACGUGAUUUCUUCAAGACUGAUGUCUGGAGUGUGUUGCAUGGACUGUUUGUAGGGUCUGGUUUUCGUGUUAAACAGGAUCUUGAGUGUGUGAGAGUUGAUCUGGACUAUGACAGAGGAAUUUUGUCAUUCUCUGAUCCUGUAACUAACACAAUUCUACACACUUUCGCAGCCAACUUCACUGACACUGUCUUUCCUUUCUUUGAAUUUUCUUCCUCUCUUAAGAUCUUACCAUUCAAUAGUCAGUGAACGUUACACUGGUAGGUCUGGAUGUUCCUGCUUUUAUCAUGUUUUCAAUAUUUAUUUGGUAACACUUUACAAUAAUGGUACAUGAAUAACCAUGUACUAACACCUGAAUUAAUACUUCAACGUGAACAACUGAUUAGUGUAGUGUAUUUUUUUUUCUUUGAUCAUAUCUGUGUAAUUAUUUUAUUUAAUUAUUAUUUAAUUUCAUUAGGAAACAGAUUAGAUGGGAAAUAAUAUUUUAU